GCCGGAUGCUAAUAAACAGAUACCCGGUACCUUUUGUUAGGACAACCCCUUUGCCACCUAGAUUGUAGCCAGCAUGCUAUAAUCUCGUCGGGGAUAAAUAUUUGAGGUGUUUAAAGGUGAUAUUGCAAUACUCCGAACACAACUUUGACCAUGGGGAAGAGGUACUACUGUGACUACUGCGACCGGUCCUUUCAGGACAACAUGCAUAACAGAAAAAAGCAUCUGAAUGGUGUUCAGCAUCACCGAGCAAAAAAAGCUUGGUUUGACAAUUUUAGAGACUCUGCAGCUAUUCUGAAUGAUGAGCAAGAAAAGAAGCCCUGCAGGAAGUUUCUCCAAAAAGGAAUUUGUGAUUUUGGCUCCAACUGCAGGUUUUCUCAUAUGACAGAAGAAGAGCUAUUUAACUUACAAAGACAGGUGGAAGAUGAAAGACAACACAGAGAGGACUCUGAGGACAGAAUUAUGCCUGGACGAAGUAUAGAAGAAUGGCUCUCGAGAAGGGAAAAGAAGAGAGCUGCCCUCGGUAGUAAAGGAGAUCUAAAAACCGAGGAAGACAGUGAGGAAAGUCAAGCAGAAAAUGGCAUACUUCAGCAGCUCCUCUCCAUUCUUGACCUACCGCCCUCACUUCAACCCCCUCCUCCAGGCGGGUGGAAAAUCAACAUGAACACUGAGUGGGGUUGAGUGACAUUCGCUUUGAGGGUUCAGAUGACUGUUAAGCCAAUACCUAACAUUAAUAAAAGGAGGAAUAGUUCAGAAAACCAAUAUUAUUUUAGUUUUUUAAGGAUUUUCAACAUGAAAGGAAGAUUUCACUUGUUGUUUGUUGCUGUUUUUCGUUUGAAUAAUAAAUUUACUUCUCUUAGAUGA